GAAAUGCUCUCUUGUAAUGUAUAAAAUCUCUUAAUCAGCUUGUAAACAAGAUUUUUUUUGUAAAUGCUUUGACUAAUAUCAAGUUGUAUUUUAGUCCUAUUUUUAGGCCCAAGCAGCCAAGGCCAAUUGUAAUCAUCCUGUUUGUUAUUACGAUCCUGCCCCUCUAAAGAGGUGGCUUUUUAGAGGCUUUAUCAUAUUCAAAAACUCACCAAACUUGGCAGACGCGUCAAGUCAACAUUAGCAUUCUGGAAACAACCAAGCUAGGGUGUAAAAGUAAUAUAUUUUGCAUAUGAAUGCUUGUCUAAGAAACUGCCCAAUAAUCUGACAAUACAAUUUAAACAAUAAGAUCCUUAUCUAUUAGAAGGUGGUCGCUGCAAACUCUGGGAUUGUUAGUUUCUGCACCUCCUAAUUUUUCCUGUACACUGCUGAUCCACGUUUGUCUUCUUUUUUUCCAUACAUACAUUCUUUUAAAUUAACUCCCUUGUGACCAACUACCUUCAGAACAUGAAAAUAAUAUUGAUCUUUCUUUUAAUUGGAACAUUUUGAACCAUAUACGACUCAAACAUUAAGCAUUUUGAAGCUGGAUCAGUGGAAAGUAAACUGGCUCCAUUUCCUUCAGACGAAAUCCCCAACUAGCACCAACGCCACACACUGCAGACUGCAGUCAGGAAGUAAAUGCAGCCAGUUUACUUCUGUUGAUCCAGUUUCAAAAUGUCUAGAGUCUGUUGUGUACAAUUGUUUCAACCUUUCUAAUCAAGAAAAAAAUAAAACAUUAUUUUCAUGUUUUGAAACAGUUUGAGCCACGUCUGUGUUGAGUUCAGCAGGCACAUGCCUUUCUACUAACAAAAUGAAGCAGUUUUUGUCAUGAAAUUGGCUUAAUAAGCACCAGUUUUGGCAUUUCUUAUUCUCAACGAGACAUAUCUGGUUAAAUAAUGGCUACAUAUGUAUAUAUACAUACAUAUUGUUCAAGCUGUGCCUGUAAAACGAAAUGUCACUCUACUAUAAGGUAGUCAGCGGUUCCAUAAAACAUGAAAGAGGAAUUGGAGAAAUGCUACAUCCAGGAGACGUUGUGUCCUAUUCUGUGUCAGAAAUGAGUUUUACAAGCAGAGCAGGGAUGUAGUUUGGAUACUGAACAAUCAGGUUUUUCGAUGAGCCGUAACAAACUGUUGGCCUGACAGAUAAAUCUCUAAAUGCUCAUAUAUACAUGUCACCCUGGUUUCCCUCAAAGUAAAGAAGCACAUGAUGAUGAAGAUGGUCUUUUCAUCUGUACUCUCGAUGACCUAUGCUGAAUCAAGACAUGCACAGCUUUGGAGCCAUUCACCUGAGGAUUUUCAGGAAAUCCCUGAGGUACCUUGAGGAAGGCAGGCCUGAAAUUUGGCUGCACCUGGAGGUAAUCAUUACCCCGAUGAUGGAUGAGAGGCAGACCAGACAGGGGGAACUGCUGGACUUCACGAAGGGUCAGCCAUUGAGACAUGGAGAACUACAGCAGUGGUCGGCCAUGGGGGAAGCUAGUCAAAGUGGACUCCAAUGAAACAGUUCUGCUUUUCACUAAGGAAUGUACAGUUGGCAGAAAAAAAGGCUGCUAUCUGUCCUUUCCAUCCAAUAAACUUGUCUCCGGGGAGCACUGCAAGAUAGUAAAAGAUGAACACUCAGGGCUGGUUUGGCUUGAAGACACGAGCACUAACGGCACAGUGAUCAACUCGUCCAAAGUGGUCAAGAAGCAGACCCAUGUGCUGCAGAACGGUGAUGUCAUCUACUUUGUGUACAGGAAGAGUGACCCCGAUCAAAACAUUGCCUAUGUUUACCACUCUUUAAACAUGGAGGCCGCUGUUCCAGAAGACGGUUAUAAGAGGCCAGCCUGCAGUCUUUUUCCGGUUCUGGCUUCAGAGAUGGCCCUCUCUGUGGAACCCGUAAUGCUCACAAGAGCUCCUUUGGAACCAACUCAGGAGGAACCUCAGCCUUCCACUUCCACCUCCCACCUUUGUAUUAAGAAGCCCUCGUCUAAAGCCCCCGUUUCAUCAGCUUCUUCUGCUUUGGGCCAAGUUAAGGAUGGAGCCUCGGCAGUAGAAGAACACUCAGGCAACCGGGAGCCAGAAUGCAAAAGGAGGAGAACAGAUGAUGAUGUGACAGGAUCAGCUAAGGGGGAUGUUCUGUCUACACUGCCAGUGAAAGAGACUAAAACGGACAAGAUGGAGGAGUCGCUGACGUGCGUCAUUUGCCAGGACCUGCUGCACGACUGCAUCAGCUUACAGCCUUGCAUGCAUGUUUUCUGUGGCGCCUGCUACUCUGGCUGGAUGGAGCGCUCGUCGCUGUGUCCCACCUGCCGCUGCCCCGUGGAGAGGAUUUGUAAAAACCGCAUUCUGAACGACCUGGUGGAGGCCUACCUCAUCCAGCAUCCAGAGAAGAGUCGCAGCGAGGAGGACCUGAAGAGCAUGAACAGCCAAAACAAGAUCACUCAGGACAUGUUGCAGCCCAAAGUGGAACGUUCCUUCUCUGAGGAGGAGGGCAGUUCAGAUUACCUCUUUGAGCUGUCAGACAAUGACAGCGACUCUUCAGACAUUAGUCAGCCCCUUCUGAUGUGCAGGCAGUGUCCGGGCUACACGCGGGAUAUGGGCCAAGUUCUGUUUGCUUCGAGCUCAAACUAUUGGUUCACUGGUCUUCCAACUCUACCACCUGUCCAGCCUCCUCCCACACCUGCUUGUGGGGAGGGAGCAGCAAGGCCGGCCGGAGAGCAGCCCUCCACGUCCUCCGACCGGCCCUCAGCUGACACACCUCAGGAGUACUGCUGCCCCCCGCAGGGCCGCCACCUCAUCUGCACCUGCUGCCUCCAGCCAAUGCCAGACCGGCGGGCCGAGCUCAGCAACCAGCAGCAAGUUAUCGCUCAGCAAUGUAUGCUGUGCCAGAGUCCGUUCUGCCACAUGUACUGGGGCUGCCAGAGGAUUGGCUGCCAUGGCUGCUUGGCUCCAUUCAGUGAGCUUAAUCUGACUGAAAAGUGUCUGGAUGGCGUUCUGAACAACAACGCAUACGAGUCAGAGGUUCUACAAAACUACCUUUCUGCUAAGGGAAAGACAUGGAAAGAUCUGCUCCAGGAGUCCUUGCAAGGCUUACAGGAGGGAAAGUUUCUCCUGACAGAUUGUCGCAUCUCGACGGACACCCUGCUGUGUUUCUGCUGCGGCCUGCGAGCCUUCAAGGAGCUGGCCUACAAGUACAGACAGAACAUCCCUCCGGCUGAACUGCCAGCAUCUGUGACAUCUCGUCCCGACUGUUACUGGGGGCGUAACUGCCGCACGCAGGUGAAGGCGCAUCACGCAGUGAAAUUCAACCACAUAUGUGAACAGACGCGUUUCAAGAGCUGAAGGAGCCGGACGGUCGGUUCUUCUGAGUCAAAUGCACAUGUGAAACACGACCUCGAUGCGUCUCGCUCCGCCCGCCGUAGACGACCCGCCUUAUGCAAUUGCCUAAUGCACUUAUUAACAAUCAGUGUCCAUUUACAACAAUGACCGUGUUCUCCACACAUAUUCAGGAGAACGGUAUCUAUGCACAUUCGGAUUAUUCCCUUUUGAGUGAAGGUCUUUUCACUCGUACAAGUUGCUGUUGCUCAGAAUAAUAAACACCCCGAAACAGCCGAUAUCUGGUAAAGGAAUCAUUUGUUUAGGUGGUGAAAUGGUUAAAGGUGCUAGUUAAUGUCGCUGUCACCCUGGGCAACAAAAACUUCAAUUUUGUUUUUAGAUUAGAAGUUAUUUGUGUAUGGAAGAGGGAUAUGUACGCAUGCUAAACAAGCUCCCCCCCGUUUUCUUCAUGAGAGAAUUAUUUUUGAGCAUUUUCCCAAUAUGCUAAUGUUAUUAUUAAGGGAUUUCCAUAAUUCAUUACAUCUAAAUAAUCAUGUGAAAUACCUUUUACUAAGUAAAUUACAAUAGCAUUCAUUUAUUUCACAAAUUCUACUCAAAAAGUGAAAGUCUUGGAAGAUAAAGAUUCAUUACUCUGUUAUGUAUUUCAGUGUUUUUUGUUGCCUUUUUUAUGCAAUUGAAGGUUGAAAUGAACAAAAUUCCCAAAAAUUACUUGAGGGAGGACGGAAAAUGGAAAAAAAAAAACAUGUUUUGGUCGUUUGCAGUAUUUUCUGAUUUGAUGUCAUGGCAAACACAAUCACUCAGAAGACUACCAGCAGAAAUGCACUGACUGUUUUCAUUGAAAGUAAGCCACAAAAGAUGAUUGCUAAAAGGAUCUGGAAAGUUGAGUGGAAGGAAAAAAAGUGUGGCACAUCUGAUUUUUCAUAUUGAGUUACUUACUCUUACUCUUCCAACUUAUUCAGACGCACCUAUAAGGGUCACAGGAACAGUAAAGUAUUUUCAGUUUGAAACAGCCCAUCACAAUGCUAUAUGUUGCUAGCAUUAACCAGUUAAGUAUUACCGCUUAGGGAUUUUUUUCCCCCUGCUUAUAUCACUGCGUUUCCAGGCAAAAGCAAAAAAACAAACAAACACACACUAAAACUCUAACACAUUGUGAUCCAGUGUGAUAUCUGUGCAGGAUUUUGUUGUUGCCGUGUAGUAAGGGCUAAUCUGUGUGAUGAAAUGCGUUGCUUCCUUCUGUAGAACGUCAGGGAAGAAAAGCAACAUGAAGUCAUGCUGCAUUUACAGGAAACUCUUAGACGGAUCAAGCCAAUAAGAGACGCGGCAUGCGCUCAGUCGCUCGCAUUCAUCUUACCUCUCUCAUCAGAGCGUUGGAUCUCUGUUGAUUUUCCUCUCAUCGCUCCUCAGGUACACAACACUUUUAUUUUGAAACUUUCUUUGCAAAAUGGCCAGGGGGGGGGGGAAUCUGAAGCGCACUGACAUCCUCUUUAAGACUAUCAAUAUCUCCGAUUGUUAAUGUAGUAACAACUGGACAAAUCACGCUUGGCUUCUAGUUUCUGUCUAGCUGACACUUUUAUAAGGUAGAUUUAAAGUUUUUUUCAUAUAUAUAUAUAUAUAUAUAUAUUAAAACUCUAAACGUAUCACUAACCUUCCGUUUAUUAGUGUGUUGAAAAUGGUGAUGGAUGUAAAGAAGUAGAAAUGCUUAAAGCAGGCCUUAGAAAGGCCAAGUUUCACGUGGAUUUCUUAUUGAUUUUUUACAUUUAUGCAGAUUUGUUUUGUUUUAUUUUUCCUUGGACAUGGACGAUCUUUACUCAAGUUUCUCACAUUUAAGAGAAAGUUCAAAACAUUACUAAACAUCCUAAGACAUUCUGUGCUUGGCUCAUUGAAAAUAAAUUGCCUGCAAUAUCUGGGUUUUAAUUGUACAGAAAGAUUAAUUCCACAAUAUAAUGGAGAUUUCCGCACAAACAAAAUUCCUUUAUAGUAUAAGAAAGUUGCUCAUUUCUGAUGUACAUGUAACUUUUAUCAUAUUUAGUUUUAUGUUGCCUGUUAAAUCAAUGAGGCAAAUAAAAAAAAAAAAGUAGUUAAAGGGCACUUUUCUGUUUCUACCUUUGUGUGUGGGGUUAGGUCACUGUUUUCUGUAUUUUAAUUUUUAAUAUAUAUAUUUUUUUUAUUUCAUGCUGAGUCUAAAUAUACAUUCUUUAGCAGCUCAGCCUCUCGGCACAAGCCUGAUCAAUCCCGCCCGCAGACGAGUUUUAAUUAUUUGCUGCAGGAGAUCCGGCUGAGCUAACAACAAUCCCAAGCCGCUCCAAUGAGGAAUUGGUAUUAGCGGCUUUUGAGGGGUGCUGUAACAAAAAAUUAAAAAAUAGAAGAGUCCGGACGAAGGUGCUCAGGAGUAAAUCAGCAGGUUUCAUUCUACCUCAUCGCAAUACAUAUGAAAGAUGUUUGGAUUCAAAAAGGACAACAGAGAGAAGCUGCAUGUGCUUCCUCUGUAAGGGGGGAUGUAAAUCUUUCUAAAUGCCUGUAACGCUUGGAUGCAUUGCACUAUUUUAAGAAUGAAUCUAGAUCAUAAUCAAGUUCUAGUUGAAUCGUAGAUCAGUAGGGAGAUGCAGGAAUUAGCCGUGGACUUUGGGAAAUGUACGUUUCGUCGCGUGGUGUCGGCAGUACUGAAACUGUUUGAAAUGCCUUUAGCUCUGACUUCUGAUCAUUUAAAUAUAAUAAAAUUGAUAUAGUUCAAAGGAA